AGUUUCACGCGCAUGCGCAUGCAUUUCUUAUCAAUGUUUUUGUGUGUAGGUUACUUGCUAACUGUUGUAGGUGACUCAGAAUUACAAAAUGGCAACGUCAACUGUUUUUGUUAUGUAUGUACUUUUUGCCUCAAUAACGCUUACAGAGACAACGCUGACUACGGAAAAUAUCCUGAUUAACGUGAUAGCCGGGACACCAGAUACACAGGAGCCUUAUAACUUGCAGAUCAAUUUAAACCUGACAAUUGGCGAAGAGCAAGUAUUGGUAAACAAUAUCCCCGUUGAGCUGUCAGCGGUGACCAGAUUAAACUGCCAAGCACUUCUUUUGGACAGUACAAAUGGAAGCGACUAUGGAGGCGGCGACUUGGUAUCUACUGUCACCCGGGUGAUGGUGACUCAGAACCGGCUGUACGGUGACGCAGAGGAAGUGGUGGCUCUGCAGGUGUUCAGUGAAGUCAUCCAGUUGGAGGGCAAAAUGGUGCAGCAGCCUGAUAUGUGUGAGGUGAAAAUACUGAUGAGCCCAGAUUUCCAGAAGCUGGCACAAUUUACCAACAUUUACCCCAUCGGACACAGCGAGAUCUUCAGGGCUUCCAGAGAAAACGACGUGGUCGUCACAGAUCCAACCAAUCAUAAAAAAGAAGAGCAAAUGAUGUCCCAGACGACCAGCCAGUACCCUCUUAAACAGUCGGAGACGACGCAAGAAGAAUUUGCAGCUCCGGGAAAACUCCCGGAGACUCCACUCCGCAUGGACCCAGAUGUCUUGAAUGAGGUAAGAUAUGAAGAAACAGAAGACUCAGAUAUGGACCAACAUGAGCAGCAUGACCAGAUUCCAAUGGAGACGUCACCCAAAGAAUUCCUGUCCUAUUCGGCCAUAUGCCGCUGGGUGGACGACUUCAGGGAGCGUCUCCGACACUUCUGCUCCGAGUCGCUGCCCCUCUUCUUCCUGGUCAUGUGGGUGGUCGUCAUCGGCGUGGCGGGAUCGGCGGUCAUUGUCAAAAUACUGGACUUGUUCUUCCCAGUGUGUGAACAAAAGCACAUUUUUCGCCUCAAUUCUUUGAGUGCGGUGCCAGAGGAUGAGAAGCACACUCUGCUGGAGGGCGUAGAAGAAGACGAUGAGAGAAAAAGCCUUGAAUGAAGACUUUUUUUUUGUCUUAUUACUGUUUUGUUUGCGUCAACACCAACGCUGUCUGUAGCUAGCCACCCGAGCACAUAGCUUUAAAGCGGCAUGUUGGCACUCAUUGGCACUCUUUGGCAUAUACACCUCACCUAACAUAUUAUCCAUGAUCAUUUCCAUCUGGAACACGGCCAUGUUUUUUUUUUUUUUUCAACCCAUUCAAGUGAGGGGCGCUCGCGUCAAGACCCGGUCCGCCCCGUGCACGCUUAAGUCGACGUGGACAUACACGCUCGACCGCUUAUGUCGACACAAAAUGUUGACAUGUAUUGUAGCAUCACUAACUUCAUUAUUGUCGCCAUACGUAUAACUACUGUCUAGUUACACAGCAUUAAAACCUGCACACAGUCACUUCCUGCUCAGUGCAAAGUAAACUUCACAGUAAAGGCAUGGCGGUAUUAAUCUGGAUUGCUUCAGCAAUUCAGAAAUAGUUUUUUUUUAGAUUUUUCCAAAAUAUUAAUCAUUGCAUUUUUGUGGCCGACUAUUAGUAAAAAAAAGCAUAUUUAAGCAAAUUUUCCAUGUUUUUAGCCUAAAUUGAUCAGAUACCACAUAAAUACUGUAUAGAAACAGGAAGUGUGAGUCUAUAUUAUGUCUUAUUUUCUCUUAUGUCUACUAUAUUGGGUAAUAGGAGUGGAAAGGCCGCUAUAGGGGUGUUAUUUCAUGCCUAGAGGGCUCUAAUGAUAUUUGUGGAAGGUCGUAAACAGGUUUUUUUAUGCUCCAUAACUAUAAAAAUAUUCCAUCUAUCAAUAAGGAAUCCUGCUUCACAGGAAAAUUGAACCAAUUAACCGCAAUCAAGAAAAGAUGCUUGCAUGCAGAAAUGGAGGAAAACUAUGUCAAUUAAAAAAAAAAAGUUGAAUAUUUUGGCAAAGUUAAUACAAUAAGUAGGAUUUUUCACCUGUAUCACAAAGCACAGAUGCAGUUUUUUCUCUCCAGACAGUAUCUACAUGGCAUACUUUCAUUUUUCAUGACGUAUCCUUGCUUAGCUUACCAGGUAUUUUUUGCACAGACCCAAAUCGGGGUAUCAGUACUACACUCUAAUGAAGUACCAAAAUGUACAUCACCUUUCUUAAAGCAGUGUGAUAAAACGUCUUAUUAGCUCCAUGCAUGUGAACGACGCUCUCGAUUCAUACCCACUGUAGCGCUGAGAGCAUGUGCACGUACUCACGGGUACUUCUUUCAAAUGCAGUUCUGUACAUCUUGAGGGUACAUCCACUUUAGCUACGCCAAGCAUGAUGUACUGCAUGUGUACUCAAACUGUUGUUUCUACAAGAUAAGCUCCCUGGAUGUGGAAUUCUACAUUGAUUUGCUACUUUUUGUACCGAUGAUGUAAAUAUGCCCGGAAGACACGUGCACUAAGAUGACCGACAUUUCUGUUUGAAUGCUGUUUGACCCAUGAAAUAUCAAAACGUGUGCAUAAAUUUCAUUGGUUACAGCUGGA